CAUCUAUGGACCAAUCACGUUUCAUACAUCUGAGUCCUGCUGCCCAUAACGUCACCCAGUAUCUACUGUGUUUUAUCUUUGGAGUUUCGACUUCGGCUUGGCGCGGCGUCGAGCAAGACGGAACACUGGAGCAACGAUGGUGAAAAUAUUCAUUGGGAACCUCUCUCAGGAGGCUGAAAAGGAUGAAAUUGAAUCUCUCUUCACACAGUAUGGCACAGUCACUGAAUGUGCCAAGUACAAAAACUACGCCUUUGUCCACAUGGAUGACCGCAAGUCGGCCACUAAAGCCAUCCGGGAGCUUCAUCUCUACAAGCUACACGGCAGGCCCAUCAAUGUGGAGCCCAGUCGAGGGAAGAACCAGGGCCCCGUCAAGCUCCACAUAGCCAACGUGGAAAAGGGCUUCGACGAUGAGCUCCGUGCGCUGUUUGAGGAGUACGGCACCGUCACAGAAUGUGCAAUUGUCAAGAAUUUUGCCUUUGUACACAUGUCCAACUCAGAUGAGGCCAUGGAUGCGAUUAAGGGACUGGACAACACAGAGUUCCAUGGCAAGCGCAUACACGUUCAGAUAUCAAAAAGCCGACCCAGAGGGGGACCUGAGGAAGAGGAGUAUCCUCCUCCAAUGGGAAGAGGAGGUUAUUAUCCUCCUCGCUACCCAGGGGAGAGGCCUGAGCCCCCCUACAGAGGCCGCAUGUCCGCGUACCCCGCUCCUCCUCCGCCGCCACCACCACCCCCGAGGCGACCAGCUUACCCAGAGCGGGACAGCUAUGGGGUGGUGGAUUUCUAUGAGAAAUACAGAGCCCGCCCUUACAGUGCCGCUGGCUAUGAUGACAGACGAGCCAGCGCCAUCCCACCUCCGCCACCUCCCCCCUCAGCGCUGGUGAGAGAGCGUCUCACAGCAGCGUCCCUUGACCCGUACGAGCGUCGCCCGCCGCCCCCCCCUCCAGCCUCGUACUACGCCCGGGACAGAAGCCCUAUCAGACGCGUCCCCCCUCCACCUGCUCCUGCGGCUGGCAAUGGCUACUCCUACGAGCGUUCCCGGCUUUCUCCAUUGUCCAGGGCUCCGAUGUACGGCGCCCCCCGCCCCUUUACAGAGAGAGUGCCUCCACCACCACCCCGCUACGCAGGCUAUUAAACACACUGGAGUGUGAUACAAGGUUUAGAAUAUGACAAGAUCGUCGUUGUCUGCUGAUGCACGUGGCGCUAUACAACCCCCCCCCUCGUCUACGGCGGAUUGCGUUGCGUUCGCCUGAGACUUACUGGAAGAUACUGUAUUGCGGACAGCCCCGUACUUAAAAACAAGCGAUUCCAUGUCUUCGGUUCACGUAUUCUUCUGAGCUGUUUUUGCCUUUUCUGUUUUACUGCUUGUUUUACUGUUUAAAUCCUUAAACUGUUCUUGCAGAAUAGGAUGCUGGUUUAGGUACUUAGUCUAUUUCAGUUUGACGCAGUACUGUUACUGGCCAAAACUACACACUCUGCUUUUCGAUCUUGACAUAAAUGGAUAUGGCUUGUGGAAAUUUGUGACAUAUUUUCUUAACAAGGGAAUAGUGGGUUAAAAUAAGAGUAUAUGUAAUCUUUGUAAACACCAGAGUUUUUUUUCUUUUUCCCAGAGACUAAGUUUGUUGGUCUCGUCACGAGAAAUGCUCUACAAAAAGACUUGUUAAAGAAAUUUCAGUGUAGUGUUGCUUUAAUUCCAUAUUCUUGUUGUGUCAGGUUGUACAGUAAUCAAGUUUUGCGACGCAUGUUAGCAUGACAAAUCAAACUUCCAGUGUGUUAUCUUACUUUUCUUUUUAGGUUUUGUGUUAACUUUGCUUGCGAGUCUAGAAUCUCUCUAGCAGCGUUAUGUAUGAUUUUAUUUUCUUUACAGAUUUUGCUUUUUAUUUGAAGGCUUUUUAAUAAACCACAUAAAACCAAUAAACGACGUUUUAACUGUCA